UUUUUGUGCCGGUGAGGUGGGCUGUGUGCGGGCCGGGCCGGGCGAGCUGCCAGCUGGGUUAAUGUCGUGAACAGUCGCCGUGUUGGCUCCAGUCUCCCUGCGCUCCAAUACUAACUGGAUGGAGGUUUUUUAACUCGGAGGGGCUUGUUUGAGCUGCGGCGGCGGAAUACGACUGCAAGACAUGAACUGAGGAAUAACCCCCUGAAAACAAACAAACAAAAAAACAGGAUGUAGUGUUAUCAACCAGCAGAAGAGCAGGAUGUCAAGAGGAACAAAAGAGACUUCUUGUUGUUAUCCGAGUCUCAGCGGACUGAACUAACCAGCGGAUAAACCGGCUAACGUUAGCUAACUAGCUACAUUACGGACAGACUUUAUGAAGUGGGUCCCCCUGCCUGUUUAUAGUUUCAAGCAUCCUUGCUUGUUUGUCUGCUGAGUGGAUCUCAUUGACAUUUAACUCGCCAUGGCAGCAGUGGUUAGCUACUCUCCACCGUGGUGGGUGAACCUGCUGCACAGACUCCCCCAUUUCAACCUCAAGUUCGAGCAAACUAGCAGUGAUUUCCGACCAGAGGACUGGACAUAUCAACAGUCCAUCCUGUUAUUGGGAGGUGUGGCGCUCGCCUGUCUGGCCCUGGACCUCCUGUUUCUGCUGUUCUACUCCAUUUGGCUGUGCUGCCGGCGGAAUAAAAAUGUGGAGCAGCCCAACGCUGACUGCUGCUGCACGGCCUGGUGUGUCAUCAUAGCAACACUUGUCUGCAGCGCUGGCAUUGCUGUGGGUUUCUAUGGGAACGGCGAGACUUGUGAUGGAGUGAACCGGCUGACGUAUUCCCUGCGCCAUGCUAACCGCACAAUCACUGGAGUGCAGAAGCUGGUGUAUGACGGUACAUCCUCAUUGAACCAGACGGUAGAUGACAAUCUGCAACAGCUUGAGGGCCAGUAUGCGCAGCAUGCAGACUACCUGUCCAUCAUCCAAAAGCUGCAGGGCCAGCUGGACGAGCUGGUCAGACAGAUGGUGGAGAUUCCCUUCUGGGACAACACCAACAUCUCCCUGGACGAGCUGGCCGGCAAGAUUGAGCUGUAUGACUGGUACAGGUGGCUGGGCUACAUAGGCCUGCUACUGUUCGAUGUCCUCAUCUGCCUUCUGGUGCUGUUUGGCCUCAUUCGCAACUCCAAGGGAACACUUAUAGGGGUGUGCUUGUUUGGCGUGGUGGCUCUGGUAAUCAGCUGGGUUUCUCUGGGGCUGGAGUUGGCCAUCUCUGCAACCUCCAGUGACUUCUGUGUUGCUCCCGACACGUAUGUCACAAAAGUGGCAGACCAGUAUGGGGUCAUCAAUCAAGAAAUCCUGCAGUACUACCUUAGCUGCAGUGUGGAACAAACCAACCCCUUCCAGCAGAAGCUUUCCGGGAGCCACAAAGCUUUGGUGGAGAUGCAGGAUGAUGUGUCCGAACUGCUGCGCUCUGCAACCAGAGAGUACAAGCAAACUAAGGGAAGUUUGGAGGAGAUCCAGGGGAUACUGAACACCACAGAGAUCAGCCUACAUCAGCUCACUGCACUGGUGGACUGUCGGAGCCUGCACAUGGACUACGUCCAGGCCAUGACAGGUCUGUGUUAUGAUGGACUGGAGGGCCUCAUCUACCUUGUGCUCUUCUCUUUCGUCACUGCUCUCAUGUUCAGCUCCAUAGUUUGCAGCGUGCCUCACACCUGGCGGGGCAAGAGGAGCGAUGAGGACAGCGAGGACGAGUCUCUGAGCCACGGAGGAAGGCAAAACCAUGAUAACCUGUACCGGGUCCACAUGCCCAGCCUGUACAGCUGUGGCAGCAGCUAUGGCAGUGAGACCUCCAUCCCCGCUGCCGCCCACACCGUCAGCAACGCACCUGUUACAGAGUACAUGGCUCAGAACGCCAACUUCCAGAACUCGCGCUGUGAAAACACGCCUCUGAUCGGACGAGAGUCUCCUCCCCCCUCGUACACCUCCAGCAUGCGGGCAAAGUACCUGGCCAACAGCCGACCAGAUCCUAACACCCCUCCGGCGCACUAAGACAACACUGGACUCGCCCUGUCUGCAGCACUGACGCCUCUUAAGUCGAAUCCAAUCUCUCAUCCAGUCAGUCAGUCAGUCAGUCAGUCAGUCAGUCUUUUUCCUCAGAUGAUUUUCCCACUCAGUAGCUCCACCUCCUGUUUCCCUCCACCAUUAACCACAACUUACUCAACUUAAAAUGGAAAACCAAAAUGUGCUUUUGUUGGUUGGUCAAAGCAAAACAUGAAGAUACAGUUUCUCCAGUUUCCACAGUCCUUGGCUGGUGCAAGAAUCAUCAGUGGUGCUGGGAAUUUAUCUGCACUCUGCAUGUGGUGGAGCCUGAACUGACUUUUACACUCCAAUUUUUUUUUUUUUCUUUACACAUGAACACACCACAACAUGUACGGCAUCACAUCUAAUAAGGCAUUGCAAAAAUGUUGAGGACUCUGGAAGUGCUCAUAGACUAACAAUGAUUACUACUGGUUGUUGUUUUGUUAUGUAAAGUACUGUACUGCAGCCCUCUCUCAUUAUUGAGGCAGAUUGAGGGAAAUGCCUUACACAUAAAUACAGGAGAAAUCAGCUGUUCUUAUUAUGAGGAGUAGAUAUAGUCGCUCACAUUUCACACAUAGAUCAAACAGUCAUAGUGUAGAUUCAUUUCACAGUGCAACAUCUCAGUUGCUCAGGUUUUUUGUUCUGCUUGUGGAACUUAAAAUGCGAAUCCAAUAUUUGCAUUAUUCUCCUGUUAAUGUGCACAUUGGCUCAUUUUUGCAUUUCAUCUUAAAUCUAAUGUAUGGGACCAGUUUACCUUUACAUUUUUUGUCUUCUUUUGGGACACUGUUAUUUCCUGCAGCAUUUAUAAAAAAAAAAAAAAAAAACAUUUAAUGAGCCACUGACACAUGAAGCUGUGAACUUGAUGCUCGCAGAGGAUUCGAUGACAACAAAGAUGAGCUGCAUGAUGGAAAUGCAGCUGGGAUGAUCAUCAUCAUCAAAAAAGAAAAAAGAAGAAGUUUUUAUACUACUGGAAGCAGAAACCUUUUUUUUUUUUUUUUUUUUUUUUUUUAAAGACGAAGGUGAAGCACUGGAAUACAGAGGAGUGUGCCAUGUCUUCUGCAACACUACUCCAGACUUUUUAAAGAUUAUUUGCAGUGUCCUCUCUUCACCAGACUGCUUGAAAUUCUCUCCAUGUUUCUGCUAAAUUGUAAAGCUUCAUCUCCCUUAACAAGUGAGAAUUGUACACAUUCACUCACGCACACACCUUGAGCCUGUCUAGAAAUGAUCUUCUCUACCAGAUGCAGCAGUUCAGAGUCAGAAGCACCACUCACCAAUGAUCCCUGCAGGAGUUUUAAUGCGCGUUUAUGUGAAAAUAUGCAUAUUGCGGUUUCUCAGAGGAUUUCUGAGAGGAAACUUAUGCAUUGGCAAUGCAGUGUCUCACAAAUGUGUUUUAGCAUUUAUAACAGUAGAUAAGGGUGAGCGGAUGCUGUGAAGGGAUUGUGAUAGCUCUGCUCUCUACAUAAACCGUUGAAGCAUGACGAUCCUUCAAAUGUUUAUACUUCUGCCGCUUCGACUUGCUUCUUAGAUGUGCUUUGUGACCAGUACAACAGGUGAUUUUUUUUUUUUUUUUUUUUUAAGACCGUGCCAACAAGUUAAGCACAACUCUUUUACUAUCUGAAUAUCUUUUUAAAUGUCAGUACUUAGGCCUGUUUGUAGAGUUGACAGCUCCUGGUUGCCGCUGCAAUCAAAUGAGAAAAUGAGCCUGACUUUUUCAAAACAUUUCUGCUCUGUAAGACAUUAUUACACUGAUGCAAUCUCUUUGUUUUUAGUAGUGGUCAUAUUCUCUUUGUUGUUUUGUUAUGCAAAGCUGUUGUACAGAUUGUAAACAUUUACAAAAUGAAAAAAUGCAGAAAUUGACGUUUCAUUUUUAAGUUCUUAAAAAGCUUAUUUCACAUUUUUAAACAUUUUUCUAUUUGAUUUGCUUGUAGAUUUUUUUUUAAAUUUCAUUUUAGAAUCUGUAGCAAACACAUUGUGUUGCUUCAUUAAUGUGAAUAUGGUAAAUAGAUUUAAAUUUUUCUUUGAGGUUUGUUUCUGGAAAAAAUCACUGUAGAUGUUAAUCAGUUUUUUUUAUUUUAUACAUCAUUUUUGCAAUCUCUAAAAUGUGUACAUGUAAAACCUGUGGUUAUAUUAAGCUUGAAUGCUGUGUUUAAAAUUAAACAAACCUUAACUGUA